GCAUUUGCCACCAGAUUUCUUUUGCUUGGAAUGAAGAUUUCUUUCAUUUUAUUUUCUUUGUAACUUAAAAAAAGAAAAAAUGUCUUGCUGCAAAUGACCCUUUCAGUGGGAGCUGGGGAAAGUGGAGCGGCAACAUGGAGCAAAAAACAUGGCCAGAUCGAUCCGAUGGCUCUCGAUUCACUGCUUUUCCGUUGUCGAAACCUAGCAAUGGAGAAGGGAAGACCAAAUUAUCCAGGCGUUCCAAAUUCAUUUCAAAACUGUCGUUAUCCCCAACCGACGGUCCUGAUUUCUCGGCUCUCCCUUUCGACAUGUUAACGAAAAUCGCAUCGCCGUUUAAUUUCCCGAAUCUUCUUGCGGCGUCGCUGGUGUGCAAGUCGUGGAGGGACGCGCUGCGGCCGUUGAGGGAAGCGAUGGUGCUGCUGCGUUAUGGGAAGCGUUUCAAGCACGGUCGAGGCGGUUUUCGACGCAACUUGGAAAAAGCUCUCGACUCAUUCUUGAAAGGCGCUGCACGUGGCUCUACUCUGGCUAUGGUCGAUGCAGGGCUUAUUUACUGGGAAAGGGGUCAAAAGGAAGAGGCAAUUGCUCUUUAUCAGAAAGCCGCUGCCCUUGGCGACCCUGCUGGACAGUGCAAUCUCGGAAUUUCAUACUUGCACGCUCAACCUCAAAAGCAUAAGGAAGCUAUAAAAUGGUUGCAUGAAGCUUCAGUUGGGGGCCAUAUUCGAGCUCAAUACCAGCUGGCACUUUGCCUGCAUCAAGGUCUUGUGGUGGAUCGAAAUCUUCAGGAAGCUGCUAGAUGGUAUCUAAAAGCUGCUGAAGGUGGAUAUGUGCGUGCAAUGUACAAUACUUCGCUUUGUUAUACAUUUGGGGAAGGUUUGUCACAUAGUCGUAGACAAGCAAGGAAGUGGAUGAAGAGGGCUGCUGAUCGUGGUCAUAGCAAAGCUCAAUUUGAGCAUGGACUUGCUCUAUUUUCUGAAGGGGAAAUGAUGAAAGCUGUUGUGUACCUUGAACUUGCUACACGUUCUGGUGAAACGGCUGCAACUCAUGUCAAAAAUGUAAUUCUCCAGCAACUCUCAGCAACUUCUCGUGACCGUGCCAUGCUUCUUGCUGACAAUUGGCAUGCUUUACCUUCAUCUCGCUGACUUUGCAUCAACUAUCAGGAAAAUGUUUAUAGGGGAAGGGGUGAAGAGAAAAGAGAGUUUUGGUUCACUUUUGUCUUCCUAUUCUCUUUCCUUGUUGAGGGUGUGGGGGUAGGAAGUGGCUUUGAGGUUUCAAACACUUGGUAUAUAUGAAUAUCAGCAAUGGGAGAACGUGUUACGAGUUUUAACUUCCUUUCAUGCACACGUGAUCAGCAAUGUUGCAGAUGAUUGUGGCCAUGAAAUGUUGGAUCGGUAACAAUUGAUGGUAAGACAUUUGUGUUUGAGAUUGCUACAUCAGGAUAUUGUAUUGGCUGUGCUACAAGAUCUAUUAGUGCAAAACAAGUUUGGUGAUCUAUGACAUCAUAGAUACCCUUUCUUCAUUAGGAAGGGAUUUUUUUGGUUUGGAGUUGGAACAGUGGCGAUGAAUCUAUUGGAUGGUUGUUUCUUCCUCUUGUUCUA